AUGGCCUUGAAUUCCAUCCCCUUAGACAACCCAUUCACAAGACGAACAACCCAUAGUCGCAAUACUCUACUGGCAUAUCGAGCUUUGGUGCCCCUCUCGUGGCUCCUUGUGGUCAUUUUUGGCAUCUACUACUCUCUCAAGCGUCCCCAUGAGGGCCACAAUGGUUCCACCAUUGGAGGACAAGCAGACCUCAACCCAACGCCAUUUUCACAGACUAAGAUAGUCACGAUAAUAUAUUGGAUAAUUCUUCUGGUAUCCCAAAUCGUAUAUAUGGGGCAUUUGGGCUCCUCAAACGUGGAGAAUCUCACUACUGCAGCCAAUGUUGCACCGUAUUUUAUACUCAACAACAUAUUUAUACUAUCAUUCAUCCUUCUAUGGGUUAGUGCCCACUUCUGGGCGGCUGAAGUUUUCGAUAUUGCAUCCCUAGUUAACCAGGGAUUGCUGUAUUGGAAAUACCCGGCUCUUCCUGAAUCCAUCCACCUACCAGUAAUAGCCGGCCCGUAUGCUUGGUCAAUUACAACCCUUUUCUGGAACGGCGCCGUUGCCAUUGGUGGGAACGGUCUUGCAAAGAGAAUCGUCGCCAAUGUGUUUAUCUGGGCGAUGUUUCUAUUUGGACAAGCCCACAUCAUGGCCCGGAGUGAUCAAGUCCUUGGAUAUUCUCUCAGUCUUUUGACUUUCUCUCUGGCCCUCAAACAGCUCGCGCUUAAGAUCAUUUCCCUCCAAUGGAUCUUCGCAUUUAUCAUCUUUGGCCUUUUUCUCGCUUCAUCGCUUUUUAGCUCAACCACCAGGUACCAUAAGCGCGAUUUCUUCCUCAGAAAUCUUGUGGAACCUGAAUCCACUGAUCGCGAACGAGCACCACUGCUCACCAGCGAGGAAAAUUGA